UGACAUUAGUUUUUGCACAAUUUAUCUGACAAGGGUUUUCAGAGUGACGAAAUAACUAGUUUUCCAGGUUCAUUAUGCAAGAACAUUUGUCGGCGAUGUAUUGGACUAUUCGGGAGUCAUCUUUCAUAUAACGCAGAAAAAGCCACCUAAUUUUGCUGAUGUCUAUGUUCUUGGUUAUACGCAACCUGUUCCUCCUGGUAGGCAUCAUAUUCAACUAAAUGUUAGCUGCGAGUAUGAUGGCAAGAUUGAUUUGCAUCCUUUUGCAUUCCGAACGCAUACUCAUGGGAUGGGAAGAGUGGCCUCAGGCUAUUUUAAACACGAAGGACAUUGGAAGAAGCUUGGUAUACGGUAUCCACUUGCUCCUCAGAUUUUUGAAAUUAUCGAACAUAAUCCAGUGAUCAGGAAAGGUGAUUUGAUAGCGGCAAGUUGCCGAAUGGAUUCGCAUCAUAAGACAGUCCCUACACCAAUAGGUUCCAUAGAACUGCUGAUGGGUGUAUUGGUGUAG